UUUUCCAUGUCAGGGUUGUUGUACGCUGUCGUGACUAUGAAUAAAACACGUUUUCACUGAACAUUUUACCUUUAUUAAUACUGGAAGAGAAUUUUUUUGUUAUUAAUCCACGAGUGUCAUAUGGUGUGACAAGAUUACUUUUAAUAAUUAAAUGGAAAAAAAUAAUUCUCAAAAAAUAAAGAACAAAGUAACAUUUUCGGAUCUUGAUAAUGGAAAUAUCGUUAUAUUUGUUCAUAAGCGGAACUAUUGAUUUGUUAAACUGGAGCAAAUCGAUUGUUUUUGGUCGCGGUUUGAAUGUCCGUGCCCUUUGUCUUUUCUAUUUAUCCAGUGUCAAUAAAGUAAUUCGUUACAUGUUGCCUUUUCAAAUAGCACCUUGACUACGAGCUGAUACGUUCUUGCUUGGACUGAUCAGUGCUGUUGACAUAAGUAUUUAUUCCCGCCGAUAUCAAACUUAUUUGGAAAUAACUGACCACUCCAUAACAGAGGAAAUGAGCUAAAAAGUUGUUAUCAGGACCUUUGGACCAAGGACGGGUGAUUAUGGCGGAACUAGGUUUGGAAAGGCACCAUGCAGUCAGUCAUAGUGAGCUUACAUCGGGACAUGACGUAACGCAACUUCUGUCACAGAUCAAUCAGAACUUUAAACAAUCAAAGGCAGAUCAGAUACUUAGAUUGUUACGGGACCAGGAUAAACUUACGGAUAAUACAACAGAAUCGGUUGCAGACGACACUGAAUUGCUUAGAGAGUACGAUCAAAUUAAGGAGGAGAAGGUUAUUUGUGACAGUGACACCUUAACUGAUUCUAGUUCCGAUUCAGGAGACAGCCUGAAUACAGUGAAUAUUCAGGAUACUGAAGUUAUUAAUUCACGUCAUAACGCUAUUCAAAAUUUUACAAAUAUGCAAGAAAAUAAAACUGAUGAAAAUGAAGGUCGGGAAAUAAGGGGCUUUAGGCGACACAGAGCUCGCACUUCUUUCGGUUUUCAUAAUGACAUGAAUGAUGGAAUUAAUGAUGAAAAUGUGACUUCUAAUUUUGAUACCAGGGAUUUAAGUAUAAGACCAAAGUCUAGUUAUGUACGGAGGCACCAGUUUAAAAAAAGAGACGAAACUGAUCGUGGGGAUGUUCAAGGGGAUAAUGGAGUCGUUGAACCUCAACCACAGAGGCCGUCAAAGUCAGCAAGGCCGAAAAGUAGGCUUGGACGUGCGUCUGUACCUAAAUCAGAACGAAAAAUAGUGAUGAUGGAAGCUGACGUGGCUACUGAACCUGAAAAUAUCCCUCCAACUAAAGAGGAAUUAACACGAGGUGGUGCUAAUAACCUGAUGUAUGACAGAUUUGCCAGUACAAGACAACCAAAACGUGAAAGUAAGAGAGCCAAAGCAUUCUGCGAUUCUAAUUUUAUUCCCCAGCAACAAACUGUUGAAACUAAUAGUGUUGAUUCUAGUGCUAUUUCAAUGGAUACACGCGAAGACGUCACUGAGGUGCUGACGAUAGCACCAAAUUCAAAUGUCAACAAUACACGUGGCUCUCACAUGUCUAGUUUUACAAACAAUCAAGUACCUCGGAAUUCGCCAGUUCAAACUCAUGUUCAGCACGUGCAAAAACGUCCUAGCAAUUCGCACACAAGACAGGAGCAAAGUCAUAACAAUAGCCAUUACCAAACAGUGACAGUACCAGGCGAGCCUCAUUUAAUGCGAACGGACACUAUGACAAGCAAUGGUACUGGUACAGUAAGAUCAGAAAGACCGGAUAACAUAUCUCCAACUUCUCAGAUUCCACUGAAACGAAAUAAUUCUAAUCUUGCAUAUGCCAGACCAAAGAACCCGGAACCAGUGACUUCGAGACCUAUAGAACGCCCGGAUAUCCGGCCAAGCACGCGCACGCGCCGUCUCCAUAGACGCUACAUGGCACCUACACAGUCGCACAUGUCCCAGGUAAGACCUACAUCCGAGUCUGUGAUUCUUGCUAGGCAAAAGACCGAGAAAAACUUGAUGAAAAAGCAAGCAGAAAACAGACCUCAUUCGGAGAAAAUUAUUGUGAAUUCACAAAACAAAAACAUUGAUUUAAACCUCAAUCCAACACAAGGACCGCAAACCUAUGUGACGUCAAAAAGUGGCGUCGCACAGGCGUCGCAUGUUCAGGAAGGAGGAUUCCGCGGAUAUGACCCAAGCAGUCGGUUAAAAUCAUCAGCACAAGCACGUGACUUCCCAAGUGACUUGACACUUCCUCGUCGUGGUCAGAAUAAUGUGGUUAUGGGCGGGAGACAACCUCUUGCAGCACUUAUGAAGUUGCCGCCCCUAGAAGCAUCUCUGGCGGCAAAAAAGAAAGAAAGGGGACUAACUCUAGCGGCACGAGAAACUUGUGUAUGAUAGUGUUUUAUGUUUUACGUGUUAUUUUUCUUGUGGAAUUUAUCAUGUGUUAAGAAAUUCAGCAUUAAACAGUUUGCAUUUGAUUUAAGCCGACGAGGCCGCGCAUUUCUGGAUAGAUGACAUAUUGUAAAGUGAAUUUAAAAAAAAAAGAGUAUUUACCGUAUAUAUGGUUAAAAAUUGUCGUUGAAAUUUACGAUAUAUAUUCAAAUGUAUAUCAGUAACUGUAAAUGGUAUACUCGUUUGUAAAAGUUAAUUUGAUCUAGUUUAUUUUUACAAAAUACCGGUAUAAUUGUUAUUUAACAGAUAAGAAAACAUACUUUUCAAAGUUCAAUUUCAAUGGUAAUUAAACCAAUUUCUGUGCGUAUUUAAAGUUUUUCUAGCUUUAUCUAAGAUUUUAUUUUCUCUAUUUAUCUUGUGAAAGUAUAGAACAUAGGUACCCAACUGUCUUUAAAUCAUAUUUUAAAAAACUCCGACAGUUGUUAAGUUUUUUAUUAUUCUUAAAAUAUUUGCUCGGUUUUUUAAUCUAACCGAUCCUCAAAAAAUGUUGAACAAGAGCUGUCUGAACUUGUAUUUUAAAUACUUCCUUGUUUUAAUAAAAAAUGUUUAAAUAUUUCGUCAGUUUUAGACAAAUAUUACUUUUUAUCUUUUAGGCCAAGAUAUAUUUUCUACGGAAAAAUGUCUGACAAUAAUGUACAGAAUACUUAAUCUGUUAUUCUGUUAUGACUGAGGUCCAGGUGAUUUUAUCAUUUUAUGAAUGAUGAAUUGUUAAUGAAUCAAAUUAAUAUGAAGAAUAAUUAAACCAUGAAAGGUCA